ACGGCCUGGAUCCUUCCGCGGGGCGCGCUUGCGGAGAGCAGCUAUUCUAUGCUGUAUGUAUACUUGCUGAGUUUGCUGAGAUCAUGCUUCGGCUUCGACUUCUGACAUGGGACGUGAAGGACACCCUUCUGCGGCUCCGGAUCCCGGUGGGUGAGAGCUAUGCUGCCGAAGCUCUAGCCCAUGGCCUCCAGGUGAGAGCAGAAACUCUCAGCCGAUCAUUCCACCAGGCCUACAAAGCCCAGUGCCAGUGUCUGCCCAACUAUGGUAUCAAUCAUGGCCUCUGCUCCAGGAAGUGGUGGUUGAGGAUCAUCAUGGAGACCUUCCGCCGCUCUGGAGUCCAUGAUGAUGGCAUUCUUCAGCCCAUUGCAGAGAAGCUGUACUGGGAUUACUGCCGUGCAGAUUACUGGGAGCCGCUUCCAGGGGCCAGGGAGACACUGCAGCAGUGCUGGGAGUUGGGCCUCCCCAUGGCAGUCAUCUCCAACUUUGACAGGAGGCUGCAGGCAAUUCUGAGCCUGUGCAGCCUCCGGCAGUACUUCCAGUUUGUUUUGUGCUCGGAAGAGGUGGGCUUUGCCAAGCCAGACAAACGGAUUUUUCUGAAAGCCCUUCGCAUUUCUGGAGUGCCCCCGCAGCUGGCUGCGCAUGUGGGGGAUCACUAUCUGAAGGACUACAGGGCAGCUAGGGAAGUGGGGAUGCACGGCUUUCUCCUGAAGACUGCUGACCAGCCUGCAGAGUGGGAUGUGGAGCUGCCAGAAGAGCAUGUCCUGCCCUCACUUCCUCACCUGCUGUCACUUAUAGAGAAGGAGUAGGAGAUGGACUCUGAGAAGAGCCUGCAAACUCACUGACUGGGUCUUUUCCAGCCUGAUCCAUUUAAGUCGUUAAAGGCAGGGUUGGUUCAUUUGGGUGCCACGCUAGCUACAUUCAAAAAGCAAAAUGCAACUGAAGUAUGUCAGAGGGGAAGGACCAGAGCCAUGGACCCAGUGCGGCAGGAUUUGUGCUCUCCAUUGGAGGCCUCCUGUUCAUUUCUAGAUCCCAUAAACAAGACCCUUUUGUGUUGGGUGUAGCAAGACAAAUUCCGUGUUUUUUAAACUCCUCUAGUAGCACUCAUUUAAAUCAAGCAUGGUUGAUUACCGUGCCAAGUCUUUCACAGUCCUGACAGUACUAAUUCUUAAAUUCUGUUAACCCAUUAGCAUUCCAUUUUAUAGGUGUAUGGGAAACUAAAGAUAGAGAAAUAACCUGUCCGGGACCAUGACAUGCCAUACAUCUCUGCGAAAGGAGGUGGUCGCACGGGAACACGAGUUUUUCAUCAUGGGGGGCGGGGUGAAAUGGAAAUGAUUAAACCAGCUGGCCCUUAAGGGGGCUGCGAGGCCAUUAGCAGGCCCAAGAAGAGGAAUUGCAGUGUGUGGGAGUCCUAACUGACGAUACAUGGGAAAGGAGAAGUGCAGGGGGAGUAGGUCUCUUUGAACUCUCCUCUGAACUUUUCCCACACUGCAAGAAGCGAGAAUCAUCACUGCUCUUGGGGGUCCCAGCCCCACACGGGGGCCUGUUCCAGAUGGCAUUUUCCAGAGGAGUCUGCAGUACUAAAAGGCCUGGGGGAAGGGUUCCCUGCUGCUUACUCACUGAUCGGGGCAGGCUCUGUCCCCUCCUGCCUCCAUGUGGCCCGGAGUGUUAUGGCCCAACCCAUGUUGUUUCCACGCCAUUCCAUGAGGUAGGCCAGGCUGAGCAGAGGGGCUGGCCCAAGGAGGUGCCGCAGGGAGCUUCAUGAACUUGGGCUCUGCUCCCUUCCCACUCCAGGCAGCGUGCCCCUUAGACGACGCUAUGCUUCCCUAACAAGUCGCACCUCCAUUGUGAAGCUUUUGUCUUGCUCCACACACUGCUUGUUCCCAGGACCACCAACACAACUGAAUGUGCGAAUAAUGGGAAUGAGGCACAUGGAGGCUCCACUCACCCACUGAAUUUCCUGUUCAGUUUUUUGAAAACCUGAGUUGCUUAACUUAAUAUGCCCUUCAGAAUGUGACAAACCCUCUUCUGGGAUGCUACAGCAGGAAAACCGAGGGAAAAGUGCAGAAUAUUGUAUUAGACGCAGAAUCCAACUUCGUAAGAAUAAUUUUAAAAAGUUUCUAGUACUCAUGGCUGCAAACAUAUGCUUGGAAAUUUGUGGGUAACGGAUGUGAGCUCUCAGAGGCUGUGUAAAUUUUCAGUGGUUAGGAGUGGGACUCUUGGCCUCUCCUAAUGAUUAGAAAAGCUAGAAUAAAUUAUAUGAAAUAAAGAUUCCAACUUUUGGCAAAAUAACAAGCAA